UCACAAUAAAUUACAAAGGGGGUAUUUUUAACGUGGCCUUUCAAAACCACUCAUCAAAGACAAUUAACACACACUUGGGCCUCGCCCUCCUGUCACAUCAUAUUGAAGUUAAAUUAAAAGGCCAUCCCUGUUAUCAAUACAGCCCAAGGGUAUGUGGUAUAGGCCUACUGCACCAGUGACAUGGACAGUUGGGUAACCUGAUCUCUCCCAUACUCUUCGGCCCCCUCGGAACUAUUCCACCCCCAAAAAUAACUCCACUUUCCCACCCAUAGCACUGACUCACAUACUCUCUCUCACACACAGGCAUAUGCAUGAACAGACUGACAUGCACUGGAUAGACAGAGACAUACGGUGGAGGACCCAUGGGCCGAGGUGGACCUCCGGCAGUCUCCAACCCGAGCUGUGACACGAACGCAUGUAUCUUAACGACAGUGCUGCUCUGCUUAGGAAACCCGUUGACUGACAGACACAAAGCUCUGAGUCGCUGGAUGGACUGAACAAAACUGGAGGUGUGAACUGGAAAGGGAGUGCCAAGGUUGCCAUAAAUCAAACCUUCAUUAAUUGUUUAUACUGGAUGAGUAAUCAAUGGAGCCGUCUUGUUAAGAUAGAAGAGAAGAUUUUUCGUGAGGCUGUAUUUUGUGGAAUUUGGACUGAUUUUCUCUACAAGAGUUUGUCUUCCUGCCGUCUUCAAUAUGAUGUCAGAUGAAUACCUGGUGGACUGCAAUAUUGAUGAUGACGAAGAUGAAGAUAACGAAGAGAUGCAGUUAUAUCUCUCUCCACACCCGCCAGCACCACCCCAGUUCUCCUCCUCCUCCCCGUCUAUCACUCCACAGCCAUCACUCGCCAGCGUUGAUAUCAGAGACCCGUACGGAGUCAACCAGCACCUGAAGGUGGAGUUCAGUGAUGUUUUGGCUGAGCCUGUCUCCACACACACCUACGAUCGUGUGUGGGUGUACAGCGGUAUUGGGUUCGAGUCGGGCCGUAUUUGGGGCUACCGCUGCCUCACUGUCUUGUGUGCCGUCCCCGUCUCCCUCCUCUCUGGCUGUCUGUUCGCCCUGCUCGCCUGCCUGCAUAUCUGGUGUGUGAUGCCCUGUAUUCAAGUAUGCCACACUUGUCUGCCUUGUGUGCGAUCAAUUUGGAUGAGUGUGGUCAACAUCUUCAUCAGGCCGUUCUGUGAAUCUGUUUCUCGCUGCUGCACUGGCGUUUAUGUCUCUCUCUCCAAAGACUGACAUUAAGUGAUGAGGAAAUUAUCCCCAGCAAUGUUUCUACAUGUAUGGUGCUGAAGAUGGGCUUGAUUUUGGGCUUUUGGGUUUACCUCUCAGAAGAACAGGAAGAAGUGGCUCAAGGACAAUUACUCUGUUAUUGGACCUGUUAUGUUACAUCUAACACUUUAUGUAAUGAAUUUUCUAGAUGUGACAUUUUCACCACUCAGUAUUAGGCCCUACUGUCUACACCAGACCGACGUUUUCAUACGUAGAUUUGGGUAAGAAAAAUGGAACCCUUUGUGUACAUUUUGUAUGGAACAGUA